GGCAGACGUGUCAGUAAACUGCUGGAGGACAACAUGUCUUGUCCCUAUAUAUAGGGACUUCAUGCAUGUAGUUGGACUAACACAAGUCUUCGCUUUCCCUCAAGUCAACGAUAAGACUGUUCAGAGGGCACACUUCACGUUUAGAUUGUCACUCUCACCUGUGAUUGUCAGUCACAGUUUAAAUGAGCUGUCUGGCUGAAACGACACGACUCUGUUCCCAUUGGAUGCCGACUGUUUGAGCGGAUCGGAGUGCUGCGCAACCAAACCAGAAACGUGAAACUCGGAAUACCUGAAGUUGCGAAGUUCGCGCGUGGAACGUAAAAAGCACGUACGCAAUAAAGCGUGCGCAUUUCAACUGAGGCCGAUUGAAGCACGGUGCUGUGCCGAGCCACAAGGGGCAAUGUCUGAUAACAGCACCGGCAGCACUGGGUCAUCCAGUAACAGUUGGACACUGCUCUCCCCGGAGGAGGUUGCUGCAGAUCCUGCUGCACCAGUGGACGAUGGAACGGAAAGUCUUGGGGAUGCACCCAGUAUUUCGGAGGAAAUAGCAGGGAGCUCUAUGGAGGUGAGGUCACAUGACCCUGAAACUCAACUGGCAGAGACUAUUUUGUCAGAGGAGGGUCACCAGGUCAGUGCCUCACUGCCGAUUUGCCAGGAACAAGCCCCCGAAUUCUUCAAAGAGAUGUCAGCAUCUGGCCACGCUGGCAUCGAACUUGAUCCUGAGAUCCAUGCUCCGGUCAUCCAUGACACAAUCACCAGUUCUCCCCCUGACAGUGACCUUCUGGGUGCCGUUCCCUUCAGCAUCGCUACAGAAACAACCUUCCAGUUUUCAGAGGAGUCAGUCCUUGAUGAACGCACUGAAGAGGACAUUACUGAUGUCUUUCCCAGCCAGCACGUUCCCAUUCAAGAAAGACCCUCACCUGAACCAGAGCCCAAAAUCACAUCCAGUCCAGAACCAAUCAGAGAAAUAAGCCCCUCCCUGGAUGUCCAUGUCUCUGAACCUACCGCAGACAUAAGGUCCGCCCUUGAAAUCAGUGAUUCAACUGCAAUCCCAGUACUUGAUAUUCAAGCUGAUAUACACCCCACCCCUGAAACCUCGCCUCUGGCCCUGCCCUCUGAGGCUGAUACAGGCUUGGGCUCCACAGCAAAGAGCCCCGCCCCUGACAGUUCUUAUCCAGAAACCAUUGGCACGAUUGAAACUGAAGAGGAGGAGCCUUCCAUAGAGAAAGAGGAAACGGCACUGCCAGACAAAAUUCCUGAUGUGGUGGGAGAACCAGAACCUCUUGGCACUGAACUUUCAGCAGAAGGUGAUGGUCUAAGGCACAGACAUGUACAGCCCACCAUAGUGCUUAAGCGAAGCUCUGAUGAGGAGGAGGAAGAGGAGGAGGAGGAGGAGUUUAACCUGCCCGAGAGGAAAGAGGAGAAACGAGGUUUCUCUUUGAAUCAACUGAUAGUUGGAGCGUUAGUGCUGCUCUGUCUUGGAUCCUUCUUUUUCUCCGGUUCUGUGGUUGACCAGGCUGGUGAUGAUUAUGAUGGUACAGAAUUAAGUGACCAGGAACUCCUUGAUAAACUUGCCCAAGAGAAUAAACAAAUUAAUAUAUUGGAGGCCCAGAUAGAGUCCCAGGGAGAGGAGCUGGACAAGGCUUUGAAAAUAGCUGCAGAUCAGCAUAGCACUGAGAAAGGAGUACUUGAAAAUGAGAACAAUAAACUGAAAGAUCAACUGUCUGAACUGCCAGGCCUGAAAGAAGAACUACAGACACUGAGAGCACGAGUUGCUGAACUCGCCAAGCUUACAGUUGCAGAGGAACUCCCACAACAUGCCCUGGACUCUGGCCCACCUUCCACUGGUGAGUCUAUUCCAGCAGGAACUGAGAAACACUGGGAUAAAAAUAAAGAACUCAAGAGGCAAAAGGUUCUGUUGGAUGAAAGUAGGAAGCGGCUGGAGGGAAUGAAGAAACCGGGCUGGAACAAGCAGGGUUUGAGGGAGAGUUUAGUGGAGAUGCAGGAGAGGCUCUCGAAACAGGUGGACCAGCUGGGCAAGAGGGAAGAAUGGAAGAAGAAACACCAAGAGCACAAAGGAGAGAAGAAGGAAUUUGGAAAAAGGAAGGAGCAGGAGAUUGAACGAGGGAAAGAGUGGAAGCAAGGUAAGGAUAAAAAGAAUGGUAACUACAAACACAAAGAGCAUCUCAAGAAGUACAAAGAAGAGUGGGACCACAAGAAAGACGAGAGAAGGUUAGAGCGAGAAAGGAGACAGAGGGAUGGACCUUGGCAUGGAAAAGAUCCCAAACAGCAGCACCAAGAUCAUCAACGCAAGCAGGUGGACAUCUGGAAACACCAGGAGGAAAAGCUCAGGAGGAACCGACAUCCCGCCGAGGGUUGUCGUGGUGUGGUUAACUGUGCCGACGCAGAGGGACUUGUUCCUGUCAAGCUUGUAGAGUUUCAGGACCUUCUCGAGGUCUACCUAAGCAAACUUGAGGGCGUUCCUCAAGAAAACAAGGAAAGUCUUCGUCGACUCACAGCCCAGUUCUUCAAUGGUGGUGUUUUCGCCCACGACCGAAUGCUCUUCAGCGAGUUUGCAGAGGAUGUGGCGGAUAUCUUGGAAGAUCUGGCAGAUGAUUUGGAAGAUGAGCAGCAUGGGAAGGACAACGAUUCCCUUGAAGAAGAGAUGGAGGAAUUUGAGAAGGAGGCACUGUUGAGGUUUUCCGCUCCUGUAGCUUAAUGCUGAUGCUGCCCUAAGCAGAAACUGGGUGGAAAGAAUGGAAAAAUCACCAUGUGAAGGAAAUCAUGGAAAUCCAAAACACGAUGGUUGAGAGAACAUCUCUCCGAACAGCUGUUUCUUUCCCAACUGUAGAUGUAGUUCAAUGCCUUGUGUAAGGAGUUUCCUCGUCAUUAGUGAAGUCCCAUCUGUGCAUUGGGUGUUUUGUUGUAAGCUACCUCUGUUAGUCCUUUUCUUGCUUGCUGUGUAAAGUGUCAAUCAUCUUAAGCAUUAUGUGUUGCCACAUGAGUGAAAUUGCUUUACAUACAGAAGAAUCAAUCAGUGCAUAUGGGGUUUUGAACAAGGUUAACCUGGAUGAGUGCAAUGAGAAUAGUAGAAUGUUUUCCAUCAUAAAUAUAUCAUAUAGAAUGUCAGAACUGAGAAUUAUAUGUAGAAAAGUGCUUUUUAUUUUAGCUAUUUAAAUAUUUUGACCAUUUGAAUUUUUAUUUAUUUUACUUUUAUUUCCGCACCUACCCAAUGUUUUUGCUUUGUAGUCAAAGCUGUAGUCAAACUGGUUUCUUUUAAAGUUUCGUUUUCACCGUAGAAGUUUUAGAGGUCAUUUUCAGUUUCUACCCAAACUUCUACUUCGUUCCAAACUGUAUGAAUUUCUUAUGCAGAACACGGUAUGAAAACAUUCACUUUAAUGAAUAUUUCAGCCCAUCUUGUCAAUAUAAUGACUUAUUAUUUCAAAGCUUAAAAAGGGCCCAAAAGUAUCAUAAUGCGGCUUGUGCAUCAGAUUCCAAGUCUUUUGUAGGCAUACAAUUGGUUUUGACAUUUUCGGUGAAACUCUUGAUGUCUGUUGACGGAAGAUUUCACAGUGGCAAUUUGCAUCCUUUCAUGCUAAAAACACUUUGAAUUUGAUGCACAAUUUGCACGGACUAUUUUUAAGAUACAAUUUGGUCCCUUUUUAAGCUUAAAAGUGAAUUAACUAACAUUGAAUAGACAGACCAACAUAUUAAUUCAAAUGUUCUCUAUUUUGUUCUGCAUAAGAAAGUCAUACGGGUUUGGAAUGACAAAUUUUAAUGAAAAUAUUCCUCCUAUUUAGAUUACCAAACAAAGUCUAUAAAUGUUUUGUUAUAUUUUUUCUGAAUAGAAAUCUGAUAUGUUUGCUUAUGUGCCUUUAUUAGUGAGCAAAGAAUGCUGGUACUGAAAUGAGAAAUCAGCUCAUGUCUCGACACCACAACCUUGUGUAAUGAAAGAAUUUCAAUAAUGAGUUUGUUUGCACUGUGGUGAUGUGGACAUUUGUUUUACCCCAGAUUUGAUCUUAGGAAAACAGCCAUUGUAAUGAAUCACUAAGGUCAGUUGAUUACAGCUGUGUAUUAUUAUUUUGAUGGACUCUAUGGAUGAAUACCAUUGACUUUAGGCUUUUUCUUGUGCAAUUUGUAAACAUGGAAAAAAAGUGAUUUAAUGGAAUUCACGAUUUAAGGUACAAUGAUCAUAUGGCACAAUGUCAUUUGAUAUUUAAUUUGAAAUAACAUUUAAAAUGAGUUGAACACCGUUUCAAAAUGGCGACAGUACAAAAAGACCAAAUGUCACAAUGUAUCAAUGUGUAAAAUUCUUUGAUGAUUAUUAAAAUGAUGAACCAUUGCCAUGAGAAUUAUUCUUUCAGCAUUC